CCAGACACUGCCACCUACAGGAAGUGAUGUCGGUGGAGGAGCCACUUCCGGUUCCUGCACGUUGCAGCACAAAUGAGCUCCCGAUAGAAAGCGAGCGGCGGAUUGGAUCGGAAGCUGAGCUGUUAGGGGUCCUGCGCAGGAGGAAAGCGUGGACACCAUGAGCGAUAUCCGGCAUUCUCUUCUGCGCCGGGACGUGCUCAGUGCUGCCAAGGAGGUGCUCUACCACCUGGAUAUCUACUUUAGCAGCCAGCUUCAGAAUGCCCCUGUGCCUCUGGUAGAGAAGGGUCCUAUAGAGCUGUUUGAGGAAUUCAUCUUUCAGGUUCCAAAAGAUCGGGGCUCUCACCCUAAGCGAUUCAGUGCCUUGCAAGAGCUUCAGCUGCUGGAGAUCCUCUGCAACUACUUCCAAGAACAGAACAAGGAGGCUGUGCGUCAAGUCAUCUUCUCCUCACUCUUUAGCCCACAAGGCAAUAAGGCCGAUGAUCAGCGUAUGGUGCUGCUGGGCAAGCUGACAUCUAUGUCUGUGGCAGUGUGCAGGCUGCCUGUGCUGGAGUGUGCUGCAUCUUGGUUGCAGCGCACCCCGGCUGUAUAUUGUGUUCGGUUGGCUAAGGCCCUGGUGGAUGAUUACUGUGGCCUGGUACCCGGCUCAGUCCAGACGCUCAAACACAUCAUAAGUGUCAGUCCUCGCUUCUGUUGCCAGUUCAUCACUGCAGUGGUUACUCUCUAUGAUAUGUCCAGCGAGGAGCUUCUGCCCCCUCAUAAUCUCCUGGAGAUGAUUGUUUCAUGGAUCUUUGAUGACCCUAGGCUUAUACUGAUCACUUUCCUCAAUACUCCCAUUACUGCCAAUCUGCCGCUCGGCUUCUUAGACUUUUCUCCUCUCAUGGGCCUGGUACGGUGGUGUGUGACAGCUCCCCUGGCAUACACACGCAAACAGAAGGCAGCAGGGGGGCAGCUGUCCGUGGAUAGCCAAGGCCUUUACUCCAAGUUGCAUCUGAGUGUGUUACAAGGUCUCAUGGUCCUUCAGACUCACCUGACAGAAAAAAGCCUUUAUGGAAGGCUGGGACUCUUUUCUUUUGACCAGCUUGUGCCUCUGGUGGAGGAAUUGGGACAGUUGUGUGAUGAGCUUAACCCAUUAAAUGCAGAGCAGGAGAUGGAAUUAGCACUAGAUAGGCUUGCUCAGGCUCUGCAGGUUUCCAUGGCGACAGGGGCUUUACUGUGUGCCCGAGAUGAUCUCCGAACAUUGUGCGCUAGACUCCCCCAUAACAACCUUAUGCAGUUGGUGAUCUCUGGUCCUGUUCAGCCUCAGCCAGCUCACCCGUCUCUAACCCCAGGCUAUUACCCCCACAUUCAUACUCCACCCCUGGGCUAUCCCUCUCUGCCCGCUCAUCCAGCUCUACCCGCUCAUACUCCACUUCCUACACAUCCUGUGGUGCCCGCUAUCCCGGCCAUUCCUGGGCACCCUGUGCAGACUUUCAUUCCAGGGAUGGCCUUUCCGUUCAGGCCUAUGCGCUGAGUUACCAGAACUGCAACAGAAUAAGACUUUUACCUUUGCACUGCUAAUAAAGAUGCCAUGCAGAAAGCCA